AUGGGCACUUUGCGGGAUUUACAGUACGCGCUGCAGGAGAAGAUCGAGGAGCUGCGGCAGCGGGAUGCGCUCAUCGACGAGCUGGAGCUGGAGUUGGACCAGAAGGACGAACUGAUCCAGAAGCUGCAGAACGAGCUGGACAAGUACCGCUCGGUGAUCCGGCCCGCCACGCAGCAGGCGCAGCAGCAAAGCGCCGGCACCUUGCAGGGCGAGCAGCGGACCAAGCGCCAGGCGAUCUCGGCCGAGCCCACCGCUUUCGACAUCCAGGAUCUCAGCCACGUCACCCUCCCCUUCUACCCCAAGAGCCCGCAGUCCAAGGAGCUAAUAAAGGAAGCAAUCCUUGACAAUGACUUCAUGAAGAACCUGGAAUUGUCCCAGAUCCAGGAGAUUGUGGAUUGUAUGUACCCUGUGGAGUAUGGCAAGGACAGCUGCAUCAUCAAGGAGGGAGAUGUGGGUUCCCUGGUCUACGUCAUGGAAGAUGGGAAGGUUGAAGUGACAAAAGAGGGAGUGAAGCUCUGCACCAUGGGACCUGGCAAAGUUUUUGGGGAGUUAGCCAUCCUCUACAACUGCACCCGGACAGCUACUGUCAAAACUCUCGUAAAUGUGAAACUUUGGGCUAUUGAUCGGCAAUGUUUUCAAACAAUAAUGAUGAGGACUGGCCUCAUCAAGCAUACUGAGUAUAUGGAAUUUUUGAAAAGCGUUCCCACAUUCCAGAGCCUUCCCGAGGAGAUCCUCAGCAAGCUUGCAGAUGUCCUGGAAGAGACUCACUACGAGAGUGGAGAGUACAUCAUCCGCCAAGGGGCACGAGGGGACACCUUCUUUAUCAUCAGCAAAGGAAAGGUGAACGUCACCAGGGAGGACUCUCCCAGUGAAGAUCCCGUCUUCCUCCGCACUCUGGGGAAGGGGGACUGGUUUGGAGAAAAAGCCCUCCAAGGGGAGGAUGUCAGGACAGCCAACGUCAUUGCAGCCGAAGCGGUCACCUGUCUGGUCAUAGACAGAGACUCCUUCAAGCACCUGAUCGGGGGCCUGGACGAUGUCUCCAACAAAGCCUAUGAGGAUGCAGAAGCAAAAGCAAAAUAUGAAGCCGAAGCUGCCUUCUUUGCCAACCUGAAACUGUCAGAUUUCAACAUCAUCGACACCCUGGGAGUCGGAGGCUUCGGGAGAGUGGAGCUGGUGCAGCUGAAGAGCGAGGAGGCCAAGACGUUUGCCAUGAAGAUCCUGAAGAAGCGGCACAUCGUGGACACGCGGCAGCAGGAGCACAUCCGCUCCGAGAAGCAGAUCAUGCAGAGCGCCCACUCCGACUUCAUCGUCAGGCUCUACAGGACAUUCAAGGACAGCAAGUACCUGUACAUGCUGAUGGAGGCCUGCCUGGGGGGAGAGCUCUGGACAAUUCUCAGGGACAGGGGUUCAUUCGAGGAUUCCACCACCAGGUUCUACACGGCGUGCGUGGUGGAAGCCUUUGCCUACUUGCAUUCCAAAGGGAUCAUUUAUAGGGACCUCAAGCCAGAGAACCUCAUCCUGGAUCACCGAGGUUAUGCCAAGCUGGUCGAUUUUGGCUUUGCAAAGAAAAUAGGAUUUGGAAAGAAAACAUGGACUUUUUGUGGCACCCCGGAGUACGUAGCCCCCGAGAUCAUCCUGAACAAAGGUCAUGACAUUUCAGCAGACUACUGGUCCCUGGGAAUCCUGAUGUAUGAGCUCCUGACUGGCAGUCCCCCUUUCUCAGGCCCAGACCCCAUGAAGACCUAUAACAUCAUAUUAAGGGGAAUAGACAUGAUUGAAUUUCCAAAGAAGAUUGCCAAAAAUGCUGCUAACUUAAUUAAAAAACUAUGCAGGGACAAUCCAUCAGAAAGAUUAGGGAACUUGAAAAAUGGAGUGAAAGAUAUCCAAAAGCACAAAUGGUUUGAAGGCUUUAACUGGGAAGGGUUACGGAAAGGGACACUGACACCUCCCAUAAUCCCAAGUGUCGCGUCUCCCACGGACACAAGCAACUUUGACAGCUUCCCAGAGGACAGUGACGAGCCACCCCCUGACGACAACUCAGGAUGGGACAUAGAUUUUUAA